AUUCCCAUGCACUAGCCACUGAAAAUCGCGAUAACAUUUUUUCCCGCUCACCUCGCAUGAGCCACCAAAUAAUUGCAGUCUCUCUGACGAAAAUUUAUGAUUCGGUAGGGAUAAGAAGUAGCUCAAACGUUCAUUAAUUGAUUAUCUGAAGAUGAUUAAGCCAGAGGUCUCAUCACAAAGCCCAGGGAGGAGUUAUGACAAAAAUGGAUCAGUUGAAAAGCAAAGCAAUAAAACUUCAAGUCGGACUUUGCUGAUGAUAAGAUGAAUUGGCUUAUACAGUCUUUUUUUUUCUUCAUCAUCAACCGCCUCAAUUUCUUAAUCUCUCAAUUGACUUUUUCACCAAAUUACGCUGCAAAAUCACUUUAAUUCUUUCCAAAACAUCGUUCGAGGUAGCCACUGAAAAUCUUAGAGUACCUUCCUCCCCAAAAAAAAUAAAAUAAAAUAAAGAAAAUUGUCUCAAAACGUUUUGUGAUCAAAAAUGAAGACCACAUUCAUUAUUCUAAUUAUUUACUGUGCUUUUAGUGCAAGUGAAGAAAAAAGUAUUAAAAAAGAAGCCGUAAACCCUAAUCAAAUGGCUUUUGAUUCCGUACCUUCCCACAACCAAGACUACUUCAUUACCCUGCAUUUGGCUCUGGGAUUGAAUGAACGAGCUCAUGCAGCACCCUUUGAUCCCGUCGAUGGCUUCCAGGGAAGACAACUUGAGGCCCUGGAUCUGCCUCAGGACAUCAAUCUCUCCACAGAAACCUACAAUUUCCUCAGGGCAAUUAUGACUCCAGAUGACUUCUCAACAGAUCUCCUUGACUGGACUGAGGACACUUUUGCCCUGACCGACGAUGAUAUUCACGAAAUGGUGGUAAGAAGUUCAGUUUGCCAAAGUGAUGGGCAACAGUGCAUUACACCAGGAGAUAUUGGAUCAGUUUGCUGUCCCUUCUAAAACCUAAUCCCCUUUACCUCCUUCAAAUACUGCGUUAAAUGUACGCCAAGAAAUUUUUUUAAUCAAAUAAAUAAAGUUCAUCAAUGCUAGAAA